ACCUUUUCCCUUCAUCACAUCCUGCCGGUGGUUCUUUUGGCUCUUUUUGCUUUUUCCCUAACUUAGCUGCUGCUUCUGCUAUAAGAGCCCUCCUCCAUCGACCUCAUCUUGUUCCCUUCUUCUUCCCCUUCCAUCGUCUCGAAGGCAAGAUCGAUCGCCGGCUCAAUGAUGGAGAGCACCGAGCUGAAAGUGGAGAUGGUAGCGCUGCAUGAGAAGAGGGUACGGAAAUGCCUGUCCAAAGUGAAAGGGGUGGAGAGAGUGGAGGUGGAGGCGAGCAUCCAGAAGGUGGUGGUGACGGGGUACGCAAACCGGAACAAGAUCCUCAAGGCGCUCAGGAGGGUCGGGCUCAGGGUGGAGCUCUGGUCGCCACGAAACGAGCUGCUCAGCGCUUACGCAGCCGGGAGCUUUGCCUUCAGCAACUACGGGUUCUUCUGACCUGAUCUGAUCUGAUCUGAGGAGAAGCUAGAUAAUACUUACAUGAUGAUGAUGGUAAUAAUAACUAUGAAGAUAUAUAUACCCUGGAUCUGGAGCUUGUGUGAUGGGUUGUUGCAUGUUUUGUUUGUUGGUUUAUCUGUUUUGGAUGGUUUCCUUUUCCUCCCAUGUGUAUAUAUGUUAAAAAAAAUCUACUUUGAGGGUGGUCAAGAAGAAAUAUAUGUGGGAUGUCCCUAA